CGCACUUAACUGAACAUCAUGGCGGCGUCCGGCAAAGCGCAGGUGCUGUCACUUUACAGACUCCUGCUGAAGGAGAGCAAGAAAUUCACCUCUUACAACUACAGGAUGUAUGCCUUACGGAGGGUACAAGAUGCCUUCAGAGAGAACCGUACGAUAGAAGAUCCAAAGGUUGUUGACGAGCUGAUCAACAGGGCAUUGGACAGUUUAGCCCUCAUCCAAAGACAGGUGUCCAUAGGGAAGAUGUACGAGAUCCAGAAGACCAUCAUUGAACAUGGAGAUAAGAAGACUGUUUGAUGUAGUUUAGUAAUGAUGGUCUAGUGUUCUCUGACUAUCAAGGACUGCUCUUGGAUUUGUGGUUGUCUUAUUUGAGGGUCUUCUGUCCAUUCUUCAUGUGCCCUUUUCAAACAGAUUUAUCUGGAUGGAGGCUGGCCAGUCAUAAGGGUGAUGUAGUCCUUCAUGACUUUAGAAUGGAUUUACCAUCCACUUUCCUUGUUUACAGUCAUUUAAGAUGCAGUGUGCCAUGAACUGAUACAUAAAAUGUACAUAUGCAUUUUUUUUUUUUUUU